AUGAAGAUGGUGUGGUUUGUUCUUUGUGGUUUUGCAUUGUUGUUUUUGACCCCGGCGACCUCUCUCGCCGGCGGAAACAACAACGUCACGUACGACGGCCGGUCUCUGAUAAUCGACGGUCAGCAUAUGAUUCUCUUCUCCGGCUCCAUUCAUUACCCCAGAAGCACUCCUCAGAUGUGGCCAUCUCUGAUAGCGAAAGCCAAAGAAGGGGGAAUAGAUGUGAUACAAACAUACGUGUUUUGGAACCUUCAUGAACCCCAAAAAGGACAGUUUGUUUUCGACGGAAGACGCGACAUAGUUGCCUUUAUAAAGGAAGUGCACAGACAAGGCCUAUAUGUGUGCCUCAGGAUUGGACCCUUCAUUGAGAGUGAAUGGACUUACGGUGGUUUUCCUGUUUGGUUAAGGAACAUUCCGGACAUUGUCUUCCGGUCUGAUAAUGAACCGUACAAGGCUGAAAUGCAGAGGUUUACAGCAAAAAUAGUAGACAUGAUGAAAUCAAAUGAACUGUAUGCUUCACAAGGCGGACCGAUUAUAUUGUCACAGAUUGAGAACGAGUACAAAAAUGUAGAACCGGCCUUUCAUGAAAAGGGACCUCCUUAUGUUCUUUGGGCUGCUAACAUGGCUGAGAGCCUUCAAACUGGUGUGCCCUGGGUUAUGUGCAAGCAAGACGAUGCUCCAGGAGCUGUGAUCAAUGCAUGUAAUGGGAUGAGGUGUGGAGAAACCUUUGCUGGCCCAAAUGCCCCUAACAAGCCAGCAAUUUGGACAGAGGACUGGACAAGCCAAUACCAGGUAUAUGGUGAAGAACCAUACCUCAGAAGCGCUGAAGAUAUCGCCUACCAUGUUGCACUCUUUAUUGCAAAGAAUAAAGGAAGCUAUGUAAACUACUACAUGUAUCAUGGAGGAACCAAUUUCGGAAGAACAACUUCUGAGUUUGUGACUACUAGUUACUAUAAUGAAGCUCCUCUUGAUGAGUAUGGCAUACCAAAUGAACCAAAAUGGAGUCAUCUGAAGGAAUUGCAUGCUGCAGUGAAGUUGUCCAUUAGUCCUCUGCUCGCUGGUGAACAAACCGUUGUCAAUUUGGGUCAAUCUCAAAAUGCCUAUGUCUACAAGGCUAAAUCUGGAGAGUGUGCUGCUUUCCUGGUGAACAAUGGUUCUACUGAUGCCACUGUCCAAUUUCAGAACUCUCCUUAUCAGUUGUCCCGAAAGUCAAUCAGUAUCUUACCAGACUGUAAAAGAGUAUCUUUUAACACUGGAAAGGUAAACAAGUACUCCUCACCAGUAUUCAUGCUAAUUCAUAUGCAAGCUGAUACUAACUUAAAAUUAUUCAUAUGGCUUGUGCAACAGGUAAGCGCACAACAUGCUACAAGAUCAUGGACACCAACUCAAAAGUUUGAUUCACCUCAGAAUUGGCAAGAGUACAAUGAAGUCAUUCCCACUUAUGACAAUACCUCUCUAAGAGAAAACAUAAUAGCAGACCAAAUGAGAACUACAAAUGAUCUUUCUGAUUAUCUGUGGUAUACUUUCAGCUUUCAGCAUGACUCUCCUAAUCCAGAAUCCACAUUAAAUGUUCAAACACGAGGACAUGUCUUGCAUUCAUUUGUAAAUGGAGUACUUGUAGGAUCUGGACAUGGAGCGCACAGGAAUUCGAGUUUUAUCUUGGAGAGUACGGUUUCUCUGAAUAAGGGGAUAAACCAUGUCUCCCUACUAAGUGCUAUGGUUGGACUGCCGGACUCUGGAGCUUAUCUAGAGCGUAGGGAUUAUGGAUUACAUAGUGUGAAGAUUGAUGAUAAAGAUUUCGGCACAUAUGCAUGGGGAUAUCAGGUCGGUUUGUUUGGAGAGCACUUACAGAUCCAAACAGAUACAAGCAAAGUUCAAUGGCAUAAUUUAGGAAAUGCAAAACAACCAAUGACAUGGUAUAAGACUUUAUUUGAUGCACCAGCAGGAAAUGACCCUGUUGCAUUAAAUCUUGGUUCCAUGGGAAAAGGUGAAGUUUGGAUCAAUGGUCGAAGCAUUGGUCGAUACUGGGUUUCCUUCCACACCCCGAAAGGGACUCCUUCACAAACUUGGUACCAUGUACCUCGAUCUUUCCUGAAGCCUACUGGCAACUUGUUAGUUCUAAUUGAAGAAGAAACUGGAGCAGAUCCGGUUAAGAUAUCUCUGGACAAAGUUUCAGUAGCAAAAGUUUGUUCACGUGUAUCUGAAACACAUUUACACCCGGUGAGCUCAUGGAUGUAUCAGAGGUCUGAGAACCUAAGUGUUAACACUACAAAGUACCCCGGCAGAAAGGCAACCGCGAAGCUCAGGUGUCCUCCAAAUAGAUACAUUUCCAAAAUCUUAUAUGCAAGCUAUGGCAAUCCUUCUGGUGAUUGUAAAAGCUAUGCCACCGGAAGCUGCCAUUCUGAGGAUUCUACAGCAGUUGUACAGAAGGCUUGUCUGGGUAAGAGGAGAUGCUCAAUCUCUGUAUCAAGUGAGAGGUUUGGUGAUCCAUGCCCAAGAACCAGCAAGACUUUGUUGGUUGAUGCACAAUGUGCAUGAUACUAGUGUAAUUUUGGAUCACCU